AUGAAGAAGAUAAAAUUUUUAUUCAUUGGAGCACUCCUAAGUAAAACUGUAUAUGGAUUAAAAGUUGACAAUAAAUUUGAUCCACUUGAUGUUAUUGGAAGUGGAUUUGAAUCUGUAGGAAACACUAUUUUUAGUGGGUUAAAGGGAGUUUUUGGAGGUAUUGGAAGAGAUAUUCAAGAAGCUUUUGAUACGGUAAUAGAUGAUUUGACACCAAAAACAGAAGAUGUAGAACCUCAGCAUAAUAUACAAGAAAUAGCUGCUGAACAAGAAAAAUUAAGAGAUUCUAUACCAGCGAUUGAAUCAGAUAUAACUGCUAUUCAAAAUGUUGUUAAUGAACUGACAGUUGGGGCAAGUAUUAAUGCAGCAAAAGGUCUUAAUAUAGAACAAACUGUACUAAAACCAAAUACAGAGGGCCCAGUAACACCCUUAAAUACAUUAAAAACAGUAGAGAAAGAACAAAAAAAAAUCCAUCCGAAAGAAUUUUUAGAAUCUUUAACGAAACCUUCAUCUAUUGUUUCUGAUUAUACUGCACCAAUAAUAGUAAUACAAGCACCAGAAACUACACCCAGUGAAUUAAUAUCUAUAAGUGAGAUAAUGAGAUGCCAAGGUGGGUCUAACUGGAGUACAGCUCAACAACAUAAAAAAAGAAUGAAGGAGUAUAAGGAUUUUAAUGGUAAGCAUAAACAACAAAUAAAAGAUCAAAUACAAGAAAUUACGCAGCUCCUAGAGGAAAAAGAUGAUGCAAUGACAGAUAUGAGGAAUAAAUUACGAAGAGCUGAAAUUGAACUCGCUGAGACUCCUUCAGAUGUCGUUACAUUAGAAAUUAAGCUACUUAAUCAACAAAUGAAUUAUUUAGCAGAGGAAAUAGUUGUAUUGGAUAAUACUUUAGCUAAACUUGAAAGGAAGAUCAAAUAG